AUGUUGUGUGCCCAGAUCCUUGUCCUGGCGGUGGCCACGGGGCCGUUCCAAGCUGGGGCUGCUCAUGAAGCCUGCAGGACAGCAGAGGUGGCCAAGGUUCUGUUCCUCGUGGGGCAGUCGGAGGGUGCCGGGGAGGAGAGCUCCCGGCUGCUCCGGGAUUUCAUCGGGAACGUGGCCAGAUCCUUCGAGAUGGGAAGAGGAGGAAUCCAGCUGGGCCUGGCUCUCUAUGGGGAGACACCAAGGAUGAGUGUUGAGCUCACGGAUUAUGUGACCAUCAAAGAAAGGCUGGAUGCAGUUCAGGAGCUCUCCUUCCAAGGCAGCAGUCUCCAAACAGGCUCAGCCCUGGCUUUUGCAGCUCAGGCCUUGGCUCAGGACACCCUGAGAGAGGAGGCAGCAAAGGUGGUGGUUCUGAUCACGGAUGGGAAAUCCAGCGAUUCCGUGGAAGAGGGAGCCCGGAUCCUGCAGGAUGGGGGGGUGACAGUGUUUGCUGUGGGGAUUAAGGAUGCUGACAAGAACGAGUUGGGCAGGAUUGCUUCAGAUCCCACUGCGGAGCACGUGCUUUACGUGGAAGAUUUCCAGCUGCUCCCAAAUGUGGCUCCCAAACUCUCUCGGAGGCUCUGCUUCACAGCCUCGGAGCCACCACGUCCUGUCAAGCAGAGGGAGCAAGCUGAGCAGAUCCUGGGCCCUCGGGAGCUGCGUGUGAGUGAGCACAGCCACAGCUCCCUGAGGCUCUCGUGGGUGGCAGCCACGGGCAGGGUGACAGGGUACCAUGUCCAUGUCCUCCCCUUGCUGCCACCGGGGCAGCCGGAGCCGGAGCACCAGCGGCAGGUGGAGGUGGAUGGGGACACAACCACGGUGCUGGUGACAGAUCUGAAGCCCAGCACCAAAUACGUGCUCACGGUGAGGGCCAGCUAUGGAGGGGCCCUCGGGGAGCCAGCAGCCACCAAAGGGAAAACAACUCCUGUGCCUCCAGUCACCAAUUUCCGUGUGAUAGAAGAAGGACUUUUCAGCCUGAAGGUGGCUUGGACACCUCCCCUGGGCAAACUGGAGGGCUACAAGAUCUACAUCCCCAGGGCCAACAAGCCCGGGGUGACCCUUGAGCAGAUCCUGCGGGGCGAUGUCUCUUCCCACCUGCUGGAAAACUUGCAGGAGGACAGGGAAUACAGCAUCAGCAUCUAUGCCGUGUAUCCUGAAGGGCCGAGCCAGCCCGUGGCUGCUCUGGGGAGGACACUGAAGCUCCUGCCUGUGGAGAACCUCUUGCUGCAGAACGAGACCACGGACACGCUCCAGGCCCGGUGGAGCCCUGUCCGGGGAGCCACGGGAUACAGGCUCACCUGGACAUCAGCAGAGGGCAGCAUCCAGGACGUGACCCUCGGCAGCUCCUACAGCUACUACAUGAUCCAGGGGCUGGCGCCGGGCGUGGAGCACACGGUGACCAUCAACCCCAUCUUUGGGGACAUCGAGGGGCCGGUGGUGACUGGCAAAGCCACCACAGUGGCAUCCAGCACUGUCCAGAUGCUGAAAGUGAGUGAGAUUUCCAUCAACAGCCUCCUGGUGUCCUGGGAUUCAGUCAUGGGAGCCACCGGCUACAGGGUGGCCUGGGGUCCGACACCAGAAUUCUUUGGCAAGGACCGUCCCCGCCACCUGUCCCUCGGCAAGUCGGUGACGUCCCAGCAGCUCCGCAGCCUGGCCCCUGACACCGAGUAUGUGAUUUCUCUGUCCGUGCUCUUCGGCUCCGGGGAGGGCCCCGGGGUCACCACCUCGGCCAGGACAGCUCCUCUGGGAUCUGUCUCCAACUUCAAGGUGACGUCCCACACCAGCACCAGCCUGUCCUUGGCCUGGAGUGCCACAGCCGCUGCCACCAAAUUCAAACUCAGCUGGACCCCUGUGGGAGCAGGAAAAGGAAAACAGGUUGCCAGGACUCGGUACCUGGGCAGCAGAGUGUUGGCUCAUCGGAUUGACCACCUGGUGCCCAACACCCUGUACAGGGUCAGUGUCCGGGCUGUGUUCAGCAGGACCGAGGGGCCCGAGGUGAUCCUGACUCACCACACAGCUCCUUCUGGAGAUUCCAACCCCAUCCUGACCAUCCAGGACCUGAGGGUUACCGACACUGGUGUCAACACUUUGAAGCUGGCUUGGAAAAGGCUUCCUGGGAUAAGUCACUACAAGAUAUCCUGGAAGCCAUCCAAUGGUGACUCGGAAUCCUCCCAGCUGGUCCCGGCGGAGGCCAUUUCCUUCGUGAUUCCCAAACUGAAGGACAACACCACCUACACCAUCUCCAUGUCUGCAGUGGGAAUGGGGCAGGAGGGAAACCCCACGGUCCUCACGGCCAAAACCUUGGAUUUGCCCAAAGUGAUGGAAUUCACCGUGCAGGAGGCCACGGAUUCCAGCAUUUUGUUGUCCUGGAAUUCUGUUCCUGGAGCAUCCCUGUAUUUACUGACAUGGGGAUUGUCCUCAGCUCCCACCCUUUCCCAGGAAUUGUUGCCAGCAACUUCCCGAUCCUAUCGAGUGGCAGGGCUGAGCUCCAAGGAAAUGUAUUUGUUUUCCAUAAAACCAAUGUUUGGAGACUCUGAGGGACCGGAGACGACGCUCCUUGGACAAACAGCAGGAGCUGCCAGGGAGCCACCAACCGCUCCAGCGGCUCCUGCACCGUUGGAUAUGAGGAAAUCUCCAUCUGGAUCUCCCAGCAGUGUGGGGACCACUCCUCCCCCAGUGCCCACCAGUACAAAACUCCCAGAGCCCCCAGUUUGGACCAGCACGGUGUCGGCACCACUGACAACCCUGCCUGGGCCCAUUUGUGGGAAGCUCAAGGCAGACGUUGGGUUCCUGGUGGAUGAAUCCUCGAGUAUCGGCCAGAGCAACUUCAAUAAAGUGAAGGAUUUCCUCUUCCGGAUCGUCUCCUAUUUCCCCAAGAUUGGGCCUGAAGGGACACAGGUUGCUGUUGCUCAGUACAGCGAGGAGCCCAGGGCAGCUUUUCAUUUCAACCAACACCGCGACCGCAACGGAGCCCUCGGAGCCAUCAGAGGGCUGAGCUACACCGGCGGCAACACCAAAACAGGCCGUGCCAUAUCCUACGUGCUAAAGGAAUUAUUCCAGCCCUCCAGAGGGAUGAGACUGGAUUUUCCUCACAUCCUGGUGCUCGUGACCGAUGGACAAUCCCAGGAUGACGUGGUGUCCCCAGCCAGAGCAGCCCAUGCCUUGGGGCUCCGUGUCAUUGCUGUGGGGGUGUCAGGAGCUGACCCCAUGGAGCUCCACAGGAUCUUGCUUCAGCAGAACCCCCAGAACGUUUUCUACGUCAGCACCUUUGAUGACUUCUCCCAAAUCCUCCAAGAGCUGAUAGAAGCCAUUUGUUCUGAUCCUCAGCUUCCAGGAACCCAAAUCCCACCAGAAAAGAGAUCCAGGGGCUCAGCUGCUCACAGGGGUUAUGACCCCCACACUACGAAGGGAGAGAAAGGGGAACGGGGUCUCCCUGGGAAGGACGGCAUUCCUGGGUUGCCGGGCAGGCCGGGCCGGCCGGGUCCUCCAGGUCCCCCUGGAAUCAUGGGGCUUCCUGGCAGCCAAGGUGACGUUGGAUCUCCGGGCUAUCCAGGACCCGCAGGGCCGAAAGGAGACAGAGGAGAUCCAGGCUAUGUCCUGGGAGGAGUGGAGGUGAUUCCUGGCCGGAAUGGGCAGCCUGGCCCCCCUGGACAGAAGGGGCAGCCGGGGGUUCCUGGGGUUCCAGGGCCACCAGGUUCUCCAGGGCCACCAGGAAUCUCCAUCAAGGGUGAGCCAGGGGAUUCAGGAAUCAGGGGUCCCCGUGGGAGGAGUGGCCUCAAAGGUGACAGAGGAGACACGGGAGAGCCGGGAAAACCUGGUUUGCCAGGCCCUGUGGGGCUCCAUGGGGCUCCUGGACUGCCUGGACCACAAGGAGAAAAGGGAAUGGCAGGAAUUGGCAUUCCUGGCACUGCUGGCAUGAAGGGGGAAGAAGGAGAGCAGGGAAUGAUGGGACCUCCAGGAGCACCAGGACCAAAGGGAAUUCCAGGACCUCCAGGGCAGAAGGGAGACCAAGGAAAUCCAGGAUUUCCAGGUGCUCCAGCCUUGGAGAUUUCGGGACCUCCAGGAAAGAAAGGUGUCAGGGGAGAUCCCGGACCAGCUGGACCACAAGGAGACAAAGGAAUCCCGGGAGAAAAAGGGGAGAAGGGAAGUCCAGGAUUUGGAAUUCCUGGCCAGCCUGGGCUAAAGGGAGACAUCGGUGACAGGGGAAAUGUGGGAUUGUCUGGGAAGCCAGGUCAGAAGGGGGAGAGAGGUGAACCAGGAUUCCCUGGAAAACCAGGAGAGGCCGGGCUGAGAGGAAAAGAUGGAGAAGCUGGAGUCCCUGGAGAGCCAGGAGUGAGAGGAAUCAGGGGUCCUCCUGGACUCCCAGGACGAGCUGGAGAGCAAGGAAUGAAAGGAGAUCCAGGAGAACCUGGAAAGGAUGGAGAUCCGGGGAAGGACGGCCUGAGAGGUGAAAGAGGCCCCCCAGGCCCAAAGGGAGAACCUGGCCCACCAGGAAGAGGAGUGGAAAUGAAGGACCUGGAGAGGCUUUUUGAGGCGUACGGGAUCAAGCUGGCGCUGCUGAGGGACCUCUCCGACGCGAUCCUGCGGGACGGGCUGGACGGGCUCCUGUGGCACCGGGGCGGCUCCAGGACGAGCAAAGCUUCCAUGGAAAACCAGGCAGCCGUGCCUGGCACCGAUCCGUCCAACACUUCCCACCUUGUCCCGGCUGGCACCGAGGUGACAGGAGAAGGACAGAGCCUGGAGCUGGAGGCUGCAGAGGUGCCACUGUCUGGAGGAUUCCCUGAGAGCUUGACUGUGCCCCCACCACAUCCAGGAGACCUGCAGGAAAACCAUUCCCUGGAUCUCCUCCAGCCCUUGGAGGAGAGGCUGGAAGGACAAGCCCAGCAGGACACCAGCCAGAAAUUCAUGGAAUCAUGGAAUGGGUUGGGAGAGAUCCUAAAGCCCAUCCAGUUCCAUGGGCAGGGACACCUUCCACUAUCCCAGAUUCUCCCAGAAAAUGGGAAUUCCGACAACGGCUCCGCGAUCCCAAGGCACAGAUCCAGAAGAUCUCACCCCAUAAGGAUCCCAUUCCAGAGCCAUCCCAGUGAUCCAGGAGGAAGCAGUGCCCCUUCCCUGGAGGCUCCACCACCAGCUCAGCCCCCCGGUGCUCCAGGAGCUCGGAAAUUCCCGUUGGGAUCCAUGGCCUAUCCAGGUCCUCAUCAUCCAAGGAGGAUUAAGGAGGGAAGUGGCCCAGCAGACCCCUCCUCCCCUGGCCCAAAGGGAGAAAUGGGAGCUCCUGGAUCCCGUGGAGACAAAGGAGAAAAGGGCCAGCAUGGGGAUGUGGGAGAACCUGGAGAGAAGGGCACCAAAGGAGACCAAGGGGAAGAAGGUCAAAAGGGAGAACCAGGAAUUGGGUUCAGAGGUCCCAUUGGCCAGGCUGGGCCACCUGGAUUUAAGGGCGAGCCAGGGGCCCCGGGACCUCCAGGAGCUCCGGGCAUCCAAGGAAUUCGCGGCAACGCUGGCACUCCCGGAUCCCAGGGGGACAGAGGAGCUCCAGGUGUGCCCGGAAUUCCGGGACAGAAGGGGGAACGUGGGAGGAGAGGCCGGAGUGGAUCUCCUGGGCCCAUGGGACCAUCGGGAUCCCCAGGAAAAGAGGGAAUUCCUGGGACACCUGGACCCAAAGGCAACAAGGGAGAAGUCGGUGUUGGAGCCACUGGCCCAAGAGGUCCCCAUGGAUUCCCUGGCCCUCGGGGUGACGAGGGCAUCGUGGGAAUGCGGGGUCCCCCUGGAAUGAUGGUGAGUGUUCCAAUAUUCCCGGAAAACCAUGGAUCCACGGGUGAUCGGGGACUUCUGGGACCAAAGGGAGAACGAGGUGAAUCCAUGACAAUUUUUGGACCCCAGGGCUACAAAGGCACCAAAGGAGAUCCCGGUGAGCAGGGACUGCCAGGUUUUGAUGGAGACAAAGGCGAGAAGGGAGAGGACGGACCCGUAGGAGAAAAGGGAAUCAAAGGAGAAGCUGGAUCUAAGGGAAUGAUGGGACUUUUUGGGAGCAGAGGACCCGUAGGACAGAAGGGGGAGCCAGGAGAACCGAGCUCGCCGGGAUCUUCCGGUGCAGCAGGACUGGAUGGGAAGAACGGGAUCAAGGGAGCCAAAGGUGACAGAGGCCUUCAGGGACAGAAGGGGAAGCCGGGAGGGAAAGGUGACCCUGGGACCACUGGUGACACCGGGCAGAAAGGGACAAAGGGCUUGCGGGGGCUUCCAGGCCGGAUUGGCGCUCCCGGAGCCAAAGGUGCCAAGGGAGAAGUUGGCAGUCCUGGAAAACCGGGAAUUCCAGGGUUAAAUGGACAGCAUGGACCAAAGGGUGAACCAGGAGCCUCGGGGAGCAACGGCGCCUCGGGAAUUCCUGGGGAGAAAGGAGAAAAGGGAGCCAAGGGAGUUCCUGGAUUGGGAGGAUUCAAGGGACAAGCGGGAUGGCCUGGGAAGCCUGGAGGGGCCGGAGCAGCUGGACCUCGAGGGCCACAGGGAGAGCCAGGCCCACAGGGUCCACCAGGGAAAAGAGGGAGAUCCCAGCUCUGCCCCCAGGGACCCCCGGGCAUGGAUGGGCCAAAAGGAGAAGUGGGGGAAAAUGGUCCCGCCGGGCAGAAAGGAGCCAAGGGAGAUCCGGGCCUUUCCGAGGAAGAGGUGAAGGAAGUGCUGAGGAGCGAAAUGAGAGGGAUUUGUGGCUGUGGAGGUGAGUUGGGAAGGAUGUCCAUGGAAAAGGGUCUGGAGGUGGCUGAAGUCCACAGGCGGCUCCAUGGGUAUUCCCAGGCGCGGGAAUACGCUGGGAAUGGUGGAAAUUGGGAAGAAAAGCUUGGCACAACUCAUGGCAAGACCACGGUGAAGCCCUUCAUGGAGCCACCUCUACUCCUUGCAGCCCCGGCGCAGCAGACGGCGGGAGCCUCUCAGGGAGAAGCCAGCAGCCAAUUACCAGCCCGGUGCCUGCAGCCCAUGGAUGAGGGCUCCUGCCAGCACCAUUCCCUGCUCUGGUACUUCCAUGGCCCCACCAACUCCUGCCGGCCCUUCCUGUUCGGGGGCUGCCGAGGGAACAGCAACCGCUUCCCAUCCCGGCGGGAAUGCCAGCGCCGCUGCCAGAGCUCCCCAGGAAUGCUGAAGGAUGCUGAUCUUGGGAUGCUGCACCCUCUGGAAUUUGGCAUCUCAGGAAAUAUGGAAUGA